CUUUCCUGGAGCGCGCAGCGUCGGCCACGCGCCUUUUCGGUCCCCCGUCAGGGAUCCGUGGCUCCUCCCACGUACCCUAUUAGGCCGGCUCCGCCACACCCCCGCUCCGGACCUCUCUCUCGCUCUCUUGUUCCCUGCUCCUCCUCCUCCAGGGGGAGCUGGAGAGCUGGAGGGGAGUGGGGCUGGUGAGGAGGAGUUGCGGGUUGCUGGGCAUCCCGGAGGAGACCUGGGGCAUAUUGGGAAGCCUUUGCAUCUGCCGCAUCCUUAGGGGCCUGGCUGCUUGUCGCUGUGAUCGUCGCGCCUGAGCCUCUUCCGGGCCCGGGACGUCGCGGCCCAGGCCUGCGCACCCGAAGCGCCAAGCGGGGAUAACUGGAGGCUGGACCAGGUGCGCGCCCCGGGGCCGGGCCCGCAACGGACUGGCCGCCCGAGAACUGGAAUGGACAAACAUCAAUCUGGAAUUCAGAGUCUGAAACUGGAUGAUUCAAUUAUAGAAGGAGUAAGUGACCAAGUCCUUGUGGCAGUUGUGAUCAGUUUCGCUUUCAUUGCUACACUGAUAUAUAUUCUUUUAAGAAAUGCAGAACAGAACAUUCACCCUGAUAACCAAGAGCUAGUACGGGUGCUUCGGGAACAACUUCAGACAGAUCAGCAGGAUGCACCUGCUGUUGUUCGGCAGCAGUUCUACACUGAUAUGUCCUGUCCGAUUUGUUUACAUCAAGCUUCUCUUCCUAUUGAAACAAACUGUGGACAUCUUUUUUGUGGUACCUGCAUUAUUGCAUACUGGCGAUAUGGUUCAUGGCUUGGGGCCAUUAGUUGUCCAAUCUGCAGACAAACGGUUACCUUACUCUUACCAGUAUUUAGUGAAGAUAAUCAGACUCAGGAUGUCUCAGAAUUGCAUCAAGAUAUUAAUGACUAUAAUCGAAGAUUCUCAGGACAACCCAGAUCAAUUUUGGAAAGAAUUAUGGAUCUGCCCACUUUACUGAGACAUGCAUUCAGGGAAAUGUUUUCAGUCGGGGGCCUUUUCUGGAUGUUCCGCAUCAGGAUAUUACUUUGUUUACUGGGAGCUUUUUUCUAUCUGAUAUCACCCUUGGAUUUUGUUCCUGAAGCCUUGUUUGGAAUUCUAGGAUUUCUAGAUGAUUUCUUUGUCAUCUUUUUAUUGCUUAUUUACAUCUCCAUCAUGUACCGGGAAGUACUAACACAAAGGCUAAACAGAUGAAAUAAAUGAAUGUUGCUUGAGCAUAUGUGGAAAACCAUUCAAGGGAAUCAUAACAAAACACUUGAAUAUCAUUUUGCAGGUUCAAAAACACCUUAGGAAAUUUGGCUAACUGGAACUGUAUCAGUGUAUUGGAGGUUGUAAUACUGAAGCUAGAUUUAUAACUAAGCAAUGUCUAUUUGUUCAAUAAUUAGCUAUAUAAAAUAUCUUCUUAAAAAAGUCUAUGUGGAGGUUGUUGAAUGAACAGGAAUACUUUUUUAUCUUGAUUUUACCUAUCCCUCAAAACUAAACAAUUUGGUUGUGGAUAAAGAUAUUAUUAAAUAUGCAAUUUAUCUACUACCUUCCUAUAUGAAAUAUAAAUAUUAUAAUGGAUAAUUUUCUUGUUAUAGUAAAGUGAUACAUAAAAUUUUAAAAGUCAGUAUCUUUUAGCAUUUACUAUGUUUUGUGCAUUUGCAACAUUAUUUUGCUUUUCCAUUUCAGCAUAAUUACUUUUAUCAGCUAAAGGUUAAAAAAAAACUUUAACACUGCACAGAACUUAAUUAGUUUAUACAUUGGCUUAACAUAAGACAAUUUUUAAUAAAUUCCAAAUUUCAUAGCCUAGUAUAAUGCCUUACAAAUAGUAAGUGAUCACUAAAUCUUUAUGUCAAAACAUAUACAUUUCUUCUCAAUCAAAACAUUUAAUAUCAAUAAUUGUAAUUAAAUUAAUAGCUUGAUCUUUCCAAAGGGUAAUCAAAUAACAGUAAUUUGAAAAGGGAAAACUGAAUCCAGGAAGCUGAAUGAAAUGGCUAAAUCAUGGGUCAAUCUUAUAGGAAUAAAGCCAACUCUAAUGAACUGACUACAAAACUUAAUAACUGAAUCAUAAACAAUACUAAUUAAACAUUACCAGAAAAGAACCUGCUGAUUAGUUCAGUUCAAGCUUGGAAUGUAUUAUGCAUUGGUGGCAUGACAAAGUGAGAAAAAUAUUUCUUUUGACAUGUAAUCUAAAAAUUCCUCAAUUGACUUAACCUGGCAUACUUCUUUAGCUUUGUCCCCAAAACGGUAAGAAAUGACAGGUAGAUCCUAAUGUAUGAUAGUGACAGACAAUGAAAACUAUAAGCCUUAUUGAUGAAUUUAUUUACCUUAUACUGUAUGUAAUAUUGUCCUUGGCAUCAAGAGGGAAAUAAUCAAAAAAAUCCUAUUUCUCAUUUUAAUGUCCAUUGUAAUUAAUUCAGAUACAGACAUUAACUUGGUACUGACUCUAAAAUGUCAACAGUGAUGGCCUUAAUUUCAGCUUUUUCUGUUCUGGAGGACAAUAAUUGUUGCUUUCCAGAGCAGAACAAAAUAGAUAUGAAAAGUGAGAUGCUGUACUUAUGUUUACUUGGGAAAUAUUUUGGGCAAAAGACGAAACAGAUCUCUGGAAGUGUUUUAAUAUAGUAUUCAUUUCUAUGGGAUAUUUCUAUGGGAUAAUUUAGGUAUGAGUUUCAAUGGACCAGGUACUUUUCUCACUAUUGCUUAUAAAACCUUAAUUUUUUACAGUGACUCAUCAGAAAAGGGAAGAACAUCAGCCAUAAGAAUUUUUGCUACCCUUAACAUUAAAUAAACUGAGGGAUUCUGGAGUCCUUCAAGUCAAGAAUAAAUUUGACUUAGGGUACAAAAUUUAAUUAUCCUGUGAAAGAAAUAAAUUUUCAGUAUGUAUGCUCUACCUACACUAUCCAUUAUUAUAAUUCUGAUAUUGGUUUUAUUUUAGUAUUUUAUUUUAAUAUUCUGGAUAAAUAUUUUAUUUUAAUAUUCUGGAUAAAGGUAUUUUUAUCACAAUUUGUAGCAUUUUAAGUAUUGUGAUAUUUGAAACUACAUCAAGUUAAAGACAUUUUAAAAAUUCAUGGACCUUAUGUUCAUUGCAUUCAAUUCUGGCAAUGACUGAAGAGAUUUUUAAUUUAAUGUAUUUAAUUAAUCUCAACAAAGUUAAGUACUUCACUUUUUAAUCACUGUUUAAAAUCAGUCUUAACUCCUAUGAUUCAGGAUAAAAAUCACACAAAUCAAAGUGUCUGCCCCCCCCCCCCAUAACAUAACAUAGCGUGCCCCCCCCCCCCCCGGAGUACAUAAUAAAUAAAUCAAUUAUCUGGGGAGCAAGAUAGUCCAGGCAGUUGCCCAAACUCUGCUCAUUGAUCAGAUAUCACAACCACCACAAUUUCUGGCUUCAUUACUACAAUAAGAAAACAAAAGUGACUUAAAUCACUUAUUACUAUGUGGAUAUCUACCUCACAGUGUUGUUAUGGAGAAAUAAUACUUGAGUUUAAGCUUUGAAUUUACAUGUGCAAAGUAAUUCGCUCUUUCAAAUAAAAGCAGCAUAUCUCAAA